AUGGCGACAUUCAUGGAAUUCUACCAUGAACUUCUGCCAUUGGCAUGGUGUUACGGUGACUGUGCUAGACUUGCAGUCCCUCAAGCUCUCUGGCUCCAUAUCACCACAUGUUGGCAAUUUGAGCUUUCUAAGGAAUUAAACCUCCAAAACAAUAGCUUCACUAAAGCUAUCCUCUCCCAAAUCGGUCGUUUACACCGUCUGCAGAAUUUAUUUCUGCAGAACAACUCGUUAACAUAUCUGGUUGUUCUAACCUUGUUACAUUCCAAGUUCAAUAUAACCAGCUGGAAGGAUCAAUUCCAAUGGAGCUUGGCUUCUUGUCCAAGGUUCAAAUCAUUGAUCUGCAACAAUCUGACAGGAACCAUCCCUCCAUCUGUGGGGAAUUGUACCAUCCCACAAUCCAUAUUCAAUCUUUCUUCUAUUGCGGCUAUUGAUGUAGCUUAUAAUCAGUUUGAAGUCAGACUUCAGCUAGGAAACCUACACAAGCUCAAAGGGUUUUCUGUUUCAAAAAACUACCUGGGUAGUGGCGAAGAUGAUGACCUGAGUUUUCUCCCAUCCUUGACAAACGCCACAGAUUUAGUAAGAUUAGGAAUAGAGGAGAACAAUUUUGGAGGGAGGUUACCUCAACAAAUCUGCAACUUCUCAAGAAACCUCUCAGAAAUAUAUUUCAAUGACAAUCAAAUAUAUGGAAAAAUCCCCAGUGGAAUUGAGAACCUCAUCAGCUUGACAAUUUUCCAAUUAAGUGGUAACAAACUUUCAGGCAAUAUUCCUUCUAAUAUUGGAAAGCUUCGAAACCUCAGGAUAUUGUAUCUUUUUACCAACAAUUUCUCAGGCUACAUUCCAUCAUCUUUAGGAAACCUGACCGAGUUGCUUCAAUUCAGCUUGAGAGAAAAUAAUCUUCAUGGCAAUAUCCCUUCCAGCCUAGGGAAAUGCCAAAAACUGCUAGCUUUCGAACUUUCUUUCAACAAUCUUAGUGGUACCAUACCCCCACAACUUAUGAGUCUCUCCUCUUUAUCUAUACUUGUUGAUUUGUCUUAUAACCAUUUGAAUGGUGAUCUUCCCAUAGAAGUUGGAAAGUUGGGUAGCUUGGGGGUUUUGGAUGUUUCUAAUAAUAUGUUGUCGGGGGUCUUUAGAUCUUUCCAUUUGUCUGGCAAAAUUGCAGAGUUUCUGCAAGAUUUUAAGUUAUUGGCAAAGUUAAAUCUAUCAUACAAUGAUUUUGAAGGUGAAGUGCCACUAAACGGAGUUUUCAAGAAUGCAAGUGCAACAUGGAUCAAGGGAAAUAAUAAACUUUGUGGUGGGAUUCCUGAAUUUCAGCUGCCUAUAUGCACUUUUGAUCAUAAGCCGAAGAAGAGAAUGAAGACAAUAGUGAUUUCCAUAAUCUCUCCACUUCUUGGAGUAACACUUGUAUUUGCAUGUUUCAUUCUUUAUCGAUCAAGAAAGAAAAGAAGAGACAAUAAUAGAUCAAGCUCUUAUGAGAAUACACUUUUGAAGGUGUCUUAUCAUAGUCUCCUAAGAGCAACAAAUGAAUUCUCUUCAGCAAAUUUAAUUGGUGCAGGUAGCUUUGGCUCUGUGUAUAAAGGAAUGCUUGAUGAAGAGGGAAGAGCUAUUCCUAUUGCUGUCAAGGUAUUUAACCUUCAGCGUCGAGGUGCUUCUAGGAGUUUCAUGGCUGAAUGUGAAGCAUUGAGGAACAUCAGACAUCGAAAUCUUGUCAAGGUAUUAACAGCAUGCUCAAGCAUUGACCAUCAUGGCAAUGAUUUCAAGGCUUUGGUUUAUGAAUUCAUGACCAAUGGAAGUUUGGAGGAAUGGUUGCAUCCUACUCCCACGCCAGAUGAAGCAGCAAAAACUUUGAAUCUUGUUCAGAGAAUAAACAUUGCAAUUGAUAUUGCCUCUGCAAUAGAGUAUCUCCAUCUUCACUGUGAAACACCAAUAAUUCAUUGUGAUCUCAAGCCAAGUAACAUUCUCCUUGAUGAUGAAAUGAUUGGGCGUGUCAGUGAUUUUGGGUUAGCAAAGUUCUUUUCUGGAAACCCUUCAAAACAAGUCAAGUUCUUUCGUGUAAGAGGAACAAUCUAA